AUGAAUUCACCCUCAUGGAAUGGUCACCCUCCCCACGGACGUGUUGGUAGUGCCGAGGGCGGAACCAAGGCCGCAUCCAACGCUAGUCUCAUUGACUGGGACAAGAGUGUUCUCAACUACGUCUAUGCGUGUAUGCAUCCCGAACCUCUUCCUCUUCCUCAUCGCUCCACCCUCUAUCACCACCAUCCUAGCACCGUCUUUCGCAAGGCUCAUCGACGCAUAGUUUCAGCCACCUCUCCUCACACCUUUCAGACCAAACCCUCGCGUCUGGUCAUCGCUCAUGUUCGGGGCCACUGUCGCAAUGCUUCCGACCCGGGAAUGCAUAUCUACUUUCCUCCACCUCCACCUCUUUUUCUUCCUUCUGCUGCUGCGACUGUAAUAGACGAGAAGGAACGCAAUCUCUCCAAUGUGGACACUCCACCGCGAUUAUCACCCCCUUCGCCUCCUCCACCGCCUCCAUUGUCUGACAGUACCGAUAAGGUAGACAUCAGUGCUCCAAAAUCUUCGUCUCUUCCGACCAUAAUUGACGAGGUCGCAACCAAGGAUACUGCUUGUUUAAUUCGAUGCCUUCAACCUUGGGCGAAUCCGGUUGUUCUUCUUAUAUCCCUCUGUGCUAUGGCUUUCUUUCAAGCCCUCGUCUCCUCAGGCUACCUAAGUAGUAUAAUCACCACUUUGGAACGGAGGUUUGAUCUCACUAGUCGGCAAGUGGGCUACAUGUACUGCUGCUAUGAAGUGACUUCGGUUUUUGCAACCAUUUGGUUCUCUUUUGUUAACGCUCGUCGGCACAAUCGUCCAAGGAUUAUUGGUCUCCUGGGUAUUGUCCUUGGAUUGGGUUUUGUCCUUUUCGCUGUACCGCACUGGCUCUCUGGUCCCUACAAUCCGGGAGAGGUGGGCAUGAAAAGUAGGCGCAAUAAAGAGGUGCUUUGUUCGAUAAUUGACACUAGUGCUGGCGUCCCACAUCCCCCACCCUUCAUCGAUCGAUCUUACUGCAAUCAGACGGAAGUAACUUUGCUAAGGAUUGGCCAGGAGUCAGUGAUUGCUUCUGACUAUACGGUAGCAUUGCCCGUUUUUUGUUGUGCAAUGGCUCUGGCAGGUUUUGGGUCCAGUUCUUUGUUUGUUCUUGCACCGACGUUCUUUUGGGACAACUUAUCUCCAAAGCAAUAUCCACUCUAUUCAGGUCUUCUAUAUAGCAGUGCGGGUUUAGGACCUGCCUUCGGUUUCAUGGCAGGUGCAGCUCUUUUACAAAUCUACAUCGACGCCCCCACAAUGCAGCCACCACCGGCCUCCAAUUUAGACGUCUACAGCCAAUCCUGGCUCGGUGCUUGGUGGUUGGGCAUGGUCAUAUUUGGUGUUGUCGCCUGCCUUCCCGCACUUCCUGUUCUCGCUUUCCCUCGUCGUCUUCCAAAUCCUUCGGGCAAUGAUGAAUGUGGUGCGGUAGAAGCCGAGGGAGGCUUUCCAUGCCCAUCUCAACCUCCCACAGCCAACACAACUGCAGUAAGUACAAAUAAUUGUUGUUUCCUUUCGGUCCUCUUUACUGAUUGGUUCACCCUCUCACCUACCUGUUUUGCAGUCUUAACCUAG